GAGGGCGUCUACGUCUGGUUUUUCUCCAAAAGCACUGGCAACAAUUUUUUUUUAAAUCGAGUGAAUAAUACAUAGAUAAAGCACGUGCAAACAGGUACUUGAUAAUUAGCGACAAUUCGAGUCGAAAACGUCGUCGUGUGUUCAAAAAGAGAGCCGGUGUCUGGGUCGAGGGCGAAGAGAGUGCAAAAGAGAAGGGAAAGCAAAAAAGCCGACUUGUUAAUAAUUAAUUGCGAUAAGUUAAAGCCGGCGUUGUAGAAUCCGAGUGCUUGUCGUUGUGCCGUUGUUUUUUUGUGCAUGUUUUGUUUUAUCCAGUGCUUCAAGGAAGAGUGAAAAAACUCCGGGAAGAGUCGCUGCCCUUCGGCCAUCACCUGUCCACAGCCCAAACCGUGUGUUUGUGAUUCACUCAAGUCCCCCCCAUCCCCCACAAACGUAUUGCUGUGAUCCGGUAGGCGUGACAAGCCGUCCCUCCGCCAACCACCCACCACCCCCUCGAAGUGCUGGUUUUUUUUUGUUGUAGUGUAGUGUAAUCGGACGGAAAGCAGCAUGUCCAGAAGCGGCGCUGCCGUGGUGAGCGCCUUCCGCCUGCUCCUGCGUCCCUCGGGUGUCAGUCGGCAUCGUGGCCUGCGUUUGGGCCCUGUGACGGCCUUUGCUCUGCACUUGCGGCCUUGCGGCGGCCAUGAGCUGCAGCAACACAGAACUUUCGCUGCCACAACGGAGGACGAUGACAAACAUAAAACGCCACUGGAAACGGGAGAUUCCAUGGGGCAUCAAGAUGGGCAAACACCCGAGCAGGAGGGGGAACAGGGCCAGGAGAACAGCCACGACAGGGACAGGGCAUCGGAAGAGUCCGAAGAAGCCAAGGAAUCGAUGGAGCAAGAGGAAGACCACCCGAAGCCCAAGCGCAGGGAAAUUCAAGAAUAUCCAUAUCCCAUAUUGUUAGAUCGAGGCCCAAGGGGCAACAGAUCCAAAGACCAGCAGAAGAAAGACACCCAAGAAACCUCUAGAAACAGAAAGAAGAUUCAAAGGCAGAUUUUGGAUCUGAUCGAAAGGGAAAGAACUAAAUUUGAACCAAGGCCCAUGAAGAAGAACCAAGAAUACAGAAUCAAAUGCGUGGGCCCUGAAAGUGGGAGUGGCAAAGAAAGGAGUUCUGAAGAUGACAUCUUCGUGGAGUACGUGAACGGUAUGCCGCACAUGACCGUUCGACUGCCAAGUCGCAACGAAUUAUGUCAGUUCGCCCUGAAACCGAUCACGCACAACGUGGGGGAUCUCCUGUCGAUGCUGAGGCAGGAGGACCGGGGCAUUGACCGGGCGGCGGUGAUCAACAAGAACGGAGUGCGCAUCGCCUCGUCCUGCACGAUCGACAGCCUCCUGGACGAUACAUUUAGCAUACAAAUCAACAAUCGGACUAUGGAAGUGAAUCCACCGAAGCGCGACAAGAUCACAGUGGAGUCCAUGGACAAGGUGGGCGACGUGCGUAAGGUUAUUGCUCAGCUCUAUGAGGCAUUCAACGUCGGCGAAUAUCAGCUGGAGAAGAGCAAUCAACUGGCCAAGGAACUGGAGAGCAUACGCUACGAGCUGGAGCCCCUCGAAGAGAAAAAACUGGAGCUGAGCAGAAAGGCCGCUCGUCGCACCAACUUCAUGACCUGGAUGGGUCUCGGCCUGAUGUCCGUGCAGUUCGGCAUCCUGGCCCGAUUGACCUGGUGGGAGUACUCUUGGGAUAUCAUGGAGCCGGUCACGUAUUUUGUUACCUACGGCACGACAAUGGCCAUGUAUGCCUACUAUUGUGUGACCAAGAGGGAGUACAUGAUGGAGGCUGUGAAAAACCGCGAAUACUCGCUGGCCAUCUACAAGAACGCCAAGAAGAUCCAGUUCGAUGUGGAUCACUACAAUCAGCUGAAGCGCAAGACGGCGGAGCUGGAGUACAAUCUGAGGAGGAUCAACGAUCCGCUGAACAUGCAACUGCCGUCGCAUCUGGUGCGCACCCAGGAGAACACGCCCCCGACCGAGGAGCAGCAGCAGCGGCAGCCGGACGACCCCAGGGAGGGUAAAAGUAACUAAGGACAUGGCUGGACUUUGCGGCAAUCAGCCGCAGGAGGACACCGAAAGAAGGAAAUGAAACUCAAACUAAUUUUUAAAUGAAAAAUAAAGGCCCCCCCCACCCCCGACCCCCACACUUAGCAAAUGUUCAGGGUGCAACCCCCCCUCCCCCCAGCAAGCACAAAAACUCUUUGGGAGUUUCCCCAUUUUGUAUGUUAACUAAAAUGUUUUAGUUUUUUAUGCCCAUGCUUAUAGUUAAUUAGCGUAAGCCCAAGAGUGGAACGCAUACUUAAAUGUCUGACGCAGGCCCAGUUGUAGAGCUUACUUUAUGUUUAAUCUUUAUUUAUUUUAGUGCAAGAGAUCGAGAUUUGUUUUAUGCCCAAGGCGCCCCAGUCUACUCUACCCCUAUACUCUACCAUCUGUGUGCAAAGUUCUAGUAAAAUAUAUGAUUUAUUUAUUGACUAUUUUUUGCA